UAGUAAAGGCAAUUCCUCCUAUAAAUUCAGCUCCUCCUUCCCCAAAUUUUUCACACCAAAAGAAAUCGAAAAAAAGUUAAACGUAAACAUCAAUUUCAAGACUCCAACAAAAUGCAGAUUUUUGUGAAAACUCUGACUGGCAAGACAAUCACCCUUGAGGUGGAAAGCUCGGAUACCAUUGACAAUGUCAAGGCUAAGAUCCAAGACAAAGAGGGUAUUCCUCCAGACCAACAAAGGCUGAUCUUUGCUGGCAAGCAGCUAGAAGAUGGCCGCACGCUUGCUGAUUACAAUAUUCAGAAGGAGUCCACCCUUCACUUGGUGCUCCGUCUUCGUGGUGGAAUGCAAAUUUUUGUGAAAACUCUCACUGGAAAAACCAUCACUCUGGAGGUUGAGAGCUCAGACACCAUUGACAAUGUUAAGGCUAAGAUUCAGGACAAAGAAGGAAUCCCACCAGACCAACAGAGGCUGAUUUUCGCUGGUAAGCAGCUGGAGGAUGGUCGCACACUUGCUGACUACAAUAUUCAGAAGGAGUCCACCCUUCACUUGGUUCUUCGCCUUCGUGGUGGCAUGCAAAUCUUUGUAAAAACCCUCACUGGCAAGACUAUCACAUUGGAAGUUGAGAGCUCUGAUACCAUUGACAACGUCAAGGCAAAGAUCCAGGAUAAGGAAGGGAUCCCACCAGACCAGCAGAGGCUGAUUUUUGCUGGUAAGCAACUGGAGGAUGGUCGCACCCUCGCUGAUUACAACAUUCAAAAGGAGUCCACCCUACAUUUGGUGCUUCGUCUCCGUGGUGGCAUGCAAAUUUUUGUGAAAACUCUUACUGGCAAAACAAUCACCCUUGAGGUUGAGAGCUCAGAUACCAUUGACAACGUCAAGACUAAGAUUCAGGACAAGGAAGGGAUCCCUCCAGACCAGCAGAGGCUGAUCUUUGCAGGAAAGCAGCUUGAGGAUGGCCGCACCCUUGCAGACUACAAUAUCCAGAAGGAAUCCACACUGCAUUUGGUGCUUCGUCUUCGUGGUGGCAUGCAGAUCUUUGUGAAGACCCUUACUGGCAAGACAAUAACCUUGGAAGUCGAGAGUUCUGACACUAUUGACAAUGUGAAGGCCAAGAUUCAGGAUAAGGAGGGAAUCCCACCAGACCAGCAGAGGUUAAUUUUUGCAGGGAAGCAGCUCGAGGAUGGUCGCACCCUUGCUGACUACAACAUUCAGAAGGAGUCCACACUUCAUUUGGUUCUCCGCCUACGUGGUGGCAUGCAGAUUUUUGUGAAGACUCUUACAGGGAAGACCAUUACCUUGGAGGUGGAGAGUUCAGACACAAUUGACAAUGUGAAAGCUAAAAUCCAGGACAAGGAAGGUAUCCCACCGGACCAGCAGAGGUUGAUUUUUGCUGGGAAGCAGCUCGAGGAUGGGAGGACCCUUGCUGAUUACAACAUCCAGAAGGAGUCUACCCUGCACCUCGUCCUCCGCCUUCGUGGUGGCUUCUGAAUUAUCUUAAGUGUUCACUGAUUGUCGGUCCUUAAUGCUGUCUUUUAUUGAUGUUAAUAAGUUUCAAACUCUUUCAAAUUUGCUAUUUCUGUUAUGUUUUUCAGAACUUUUGGAGUCCCCGUUAUGCGGGCAUUUGCAAUGUAAUAAAGUUUGCUUGACUUGCACUA